AUUCAACCUGAAGACUCACCAAGGAAGUCAUGGACGAGAUCCUUGACCAGAUGUCCAACAAUUGCGUAUGCCACUGCGACCACCACCAACGCUGCCAUGACCAGGCUGAAGUUGUCAUGUGCUCAUCAUUCAAAUAAGGGAGUCCAUUUCGUGCGGUGGAUUCAUUGUGCAUAUAAGUCAUUUGGGUACAGUGAGUGUCGCAGGGUUAUGGCUUCAGGGAAUACUGCUGGAGCCGACACAGCUCCUCAGCUGGUUGUGAAACUCAUUGGCAGCAAACUGAUCAGAUAUUAUACUGAAGAGCCGGAAAAGGAAAAAGAAGUCAAUAGCGAUGCUUCCGGGGAGAGUACAAACCUACCACAGAAUAUUGAAAGCAGGGCAGCUAAGUCCCCCCCUGACGAAGAGGGCGUGGCCACACAAACAAGGCACACGUCGGGUGGGGGGCAGUGGUCCCCAUGGCCUGUGCUUCCGCAGGUUCCAGGCAGACAUUGUGUGACAGCACCCCCUGGGUGUCGCUCACUGGCCUGUACUAAUCCUAAAAAGACCCCCACACUGAGGUCUGCUCCCCACGUAGCCCUGAGGCUAAACUCGAGUAAGCUGGGAGUUCGUAGUGCCUCGAUGGAGAAAGAAGAGACAAAAGGAACCGAGCACCACAAAGAAGAAAAAGACGUAGACCUCCUUUUCACUGCGGUGUCCGAAGAGCUGAAAGACUGGCGAAAAGAGGCGCUGAGGAACAUUGAGAUGGAGCUUCAAGAGCUCGACCCCUCCCACUGCGGGACUGUUGACCACUUUGAUCUCACCCAGGUGCUCUUCAGAAAUGAAGUUCCUCUCAAGCUGCCCACACUACAACUGCUCCUCCAUACCUUUUCCAGUUCAGCCUGCCCAGAGGAGAUUCAUUAUAAAGAUCUACUCAGUCUCGUCACUGAUGCUGUAUUAGAAGAGGAACAGCAGGAGAAAACAGAGCCGGACGUUGGGAAUGCGCUGCAGAGAUCUGCGAGUGUUUCUGACCCCACCCACAGUGAGCCCCCCCCAGGCUUGGGCCUCCCCAGGGAGACAGAGAUCUGGCUGCAGAGGUUCCAAAAAAUGGAGGAAGCAAUGUGGAUGUGUGACACCCAAAACUCUGGAUUCAUUGACAAGGAUAAGGCGAGACGCCUGAUUCAAAACUACAAUCUCAUCUUCGACUUGAACCUGAGCCCAGUGAAAAUUGAUGAGGCAAUCCGUGGUUCACAGUCAGAAAGCAGGGUUCAUUUGGACUCACUUCUCCAGAUCUUGAAAGAAUUGUAAUGCGACGUGUGUAUGAGAAUGGCCUACAAUCCACAUUGUAAACAAUUAGUCAUUGCAUGUAAAUUAAGGAUCAAAUUAUCUAAAUGGCACAUAGAUGAGCUGAAAUUAUAAUCAAAGCUGAAAAUAUGAACAAUUCAAAGGGCAGAUACCAGAUACAUACAUGCUAUGUAAAAGUUGUGUAAGUCACUCUGGAUAAGAGCAUCUGCUAAAUGCCUGUAAUAUAAUGUAAUGUAUCUUUAAAUUAAAUUAUUGAAUUGCCUUACAUUGUAAUAAGAAUAUACCUAUUUUCGCAGUUUUCACAGAUUAAGUUAAAUUGUUAACUUUGUAACUGUUAUUGUACUAUAGGUUUAUGGGACAGAUAAAGUUUAGCGAAACAAGUACAACAGUGUAAUUUCACAACGUAAAAAUAAUAAAAGCAUCUUAUUUGUUAACACAAUUUUAUAAACAA